AGAGCGCGGAGCCAGACGACAGGGGCAGAACUCGGUGUGAAGUUCCGGGGUCAAAGGUGGACACUGUGAGCUCACAGAGCAGAUCUCCUACUGUCGGCAGGCACCCCAGUGUGGACGGCAGGGCCGAGCGGCAGCAGCAGGUGGUGCUGAGCAGCAGAGUCUUCAGGACCUCGGACAAGGGUCGGCCAUGGCACUGUCUCUGGCCGUGAGACGCCUGCAGAAGGAGUUCCUCGACCUUUCUCGACACCCCCCCGAGCUGUGCUCCGCGGGGCCCCUGGAGGAAGACAUCCUCACAUGGCAGGCGGUGGUCAUAGGGCCCCAGGGCAGCCCCUACGAGGGGGGGGUCUUUUUCCUAGAUAUUGUGUUUCCAAGUACUUACCCCCUGAAACCACCACAGGUCCAGUUCAGCACCCCCAUUUACCACCCGAACGUAAAUGAAAGUGGGUGCAUCGGGCUGGACCUGCUGACCUCCAAGUGGGCGCCCACGUGCACCAUCUCCCAGAUGCUGCUGGCCAUCUGCGCCAUGCUGGCGGACCCCAGCCCAGACGACAUCCUGGAUCCAGAAAUUGCAAACAUGUUCCUGGAGGAUAAGCCCAAGUUUGACCUCCAGGCCCGCAAGUGGACCGAGGAGUACGCCAUGUAA